CUCAACAAUUUCCCCUCUUUACCUAUUUGAUUGCAAGGGCGAGAGAGAGAGAGAGAGAGAAGCAGGGAGACAGGAUGUCGGGAAUGGGAGAUGGGUACGUGGGGACAGCACAAGACGCAGUGAGGAUACGGCGGCUGGAGAAGCAGAGAGAAGCGGAGCGCCGUAAAAUCCAGGAGCUCAAGACGAAGACCGCCUCCGCCGAGGGCCAACCUGGUCUCCUCCGAUUCGGCACCAGCUCCUCUGAGAUUCUGGAGACUGCUUUCAAGAAGGAAACUGUUGGUUUGGUUACACGAGAGGAAUAUGUCGAGAAGAGGGUCAACAUUCGUAACAAGAUAGAGGAAGAAGAGAAGGAGAAGCUGCAGAAACUGCAACAAGAGGAGGAGGAGCUUCAGUUGCAGAAGCGAAAGAAGAGAAAGAUUAAGGGGCAUUCCCGAUUGUCUUUUGCUGAAGAUUUUGAGAAUGGCAGUGAGGAAGAAGAUGGGGAAAACAAAGAUUCUGAAGCAGCAAACCUCCGUCAUGGAAAACUAGGCAAGGAUCCAACCGUAGAAACUAGUUUCCUUCCUGACAGUGAGCGGGAGGCGGAGGAACAAGCUGAACGGGAAAGGCUGAAGAAGCAAUGGCUUCGUGAGCAGGAGCAGAUCAAAAAUGAGCCUCUCGAGAUUACUUACAGUUACUGGGAUGGAACCGGCCAUAGACGAGUAAUUCAGGUCCGGAAGGGUGACACUAUUGGGGAUUUCCUCCGAGCUGUACAACAGCAACUUGCUCCGGAGUUUCGAGAGAUUCGAACAGCUUCAGUUGAGAAUUUGCUUUAUGUGAAGGAAGAUCUUAUCAUACCCCAUCAACACAGUUUCUAUGAGUUGAUCAUCAACAAAGCCAGGGGGAAGAGUGGACCGCUUUUCCAUUUCGAUGUGCAUGAAGACGUAAGAACGAUUGCGGAUGCAACAAUCGAGAAGGAUGAGUCGCAUGCCGGAAAAGUGGUUGAGAGACACUGGUACGAGAAGAACAAGCAUAUAUUCCCUGCUUCCAGAUGGGAGAUAUACGACCCAACAAAGAAGUGGGAACGGUACACCAUCCACGGCGAUUGAUUGGCUUCAGACACCUACUGAUCUUUUUGUCUGUAAUGGCCGAACAUGCUUCUGACUAUAUAACAUAUAAGAUUACAUGGUGUGGUAGUGGAGUGUUCGUGAUAUUAUUUGUAUUUUUUUUCCGUCUACUACUUACCCACCACCCUCGUUCCUUUGUCAAUCUAUUCUAGUCUAUUAUAGCACUUGUCUUCUAAAUUUA